AUGAAGCAUCUUCUCCGACCACAAUUCCUUGUCUUGAAGAAGAGGAUCCUUCCUUGCAGGUGUUCCUUCCUCCAUUUUCCCAAAACCAUCCCUUCUCCUGAUCUCUCUCAUGACUCUCUCAAGCGUCGGAUCGACCGAGCUUCUGAUUCCACCGUCUCCAUCAUCCCUUUGCUCCGUGAAUGGUCCCAAUUCGGCAAUGGAACAACUCUCUCAGAUCUCAGGCGAAUCAUCUCUUCUCUUCACGGAAGCAACCGAUUCUCUCAUGCCCUCCAGAUUUCUGAGUGGAUGAGUGGCCAAGACAUCUACAAUCUGACUUCGUUAGAUUACGAGACUAGGCUUCUCUUGAUUGCAAAAGUUCAUGGUCUCCAAGAAGCGCACGGGUUUUUGGACACAAUUCCACUGCAAAUGAGGGGUUUUUACGUGCACAGCGCUCUCUUGAACCGCUGCAAAGCCGAGAGCUCGUUGAGCAUAGCCGAGUCCACUUUUCAGAACAUGAGUGACCUUGGCUUCACUAAAAACCAACCUGAACCUUACAACACCAUGCUCUGUCUCUACCAUGAGGCUGGAAACCACGAUAUGGUCGUGAACCUUCUGCGCGAGAUGGACAAUUACGACAUGGAACCAAAAUGA